UCUGCGCCUUCGCGUCAUCAGCGCGCGUCCUGUCCUGUUUGGACCCGCAGUUUCAGUUCGUGAGUGACCAGCAGCAGCAGCACGAUGAUUUCAGCAGCGGUUCUGCGCGGUCUCGCGAGCCUGACCCGAGCACGAGCCGCUCACACAGCUCCGCUGGCUGUCAGAUGUUACUCUCAUGCAAAAGUGGAGACGGAUGAGGAGUUUGACUCCCGCUGGGUGACGUACUUCAGCAAACCCGACCUGGACGCCUGGGAGCUGCGCAAAGGUAUGAACACUCUGAUUGGAUACGACCUCGUUCCUGAACCGAAGAUCCUGGACUCCGCUCUGCGCGCUUGCAGGCGACUGAAUGAUCUGGCCAGUGCGAUUCGCAUCCUAGAGGCCAUAAAGGAUAAGUCGGGUCCUCAUAAGGAGAUCUACCCGUAUGUGAUCCAGGAGCUCCAACCCACGCUGCAGGAGCUGGGCAUCUCCACGCCGGAAGAGCUGGGCAUCCAUAAAGUCUAAUGCUGAUCAGGGAUCCUUCAGAGCAGCUAAUAAAGGUUUUUGAAGGGGUUUCUCUACCUCUCACUGUAUGAUAUUCAGGAAGUCAAACUCGUCUCGUCCCUUAUGAAAUAAAGGACCCAAUAAAUGAAGUAAUACUGAA